AUGAGACGAAAAUGCAAGUCAUUCGAAAAUGUCAGAAAAUGCAAAAGAUCAACGAAAAGAUAUUCGAAGGGGUACAAGUAUAUUUGCUACAAUAAGUAUAACAGAAGAAAGCACAAAACAUGUGGCUCAGGAUCAGAAUUCGUUUUUAUAAAAAUUGGAAGAUACGACUUUCAAAUUGGCGACUUAAAAUGCGGUUGUGGAAUUGGGAACAUUGAAAAAAGGUGCGAAAGUUUGGAUAGAUCACUGCCAGCAGCGAGGAAUAGCUCUGAUGGCUUUUUCGAGUCGCCUGAGUUCUGGGACGAAUUUUUCGACAAUCUGCCGGAAGAUCAAGAUUUCGAAGAAAUGAAUGAAACUUUUACCGAGCCACGUUCUGAACUUGAAAAUCUUUUGCCAAAGCUGGAAGUGUUGAUCGAACAAUAA